GCGCGUCCCCGCGCGCUGUUGUCCGCUCGCUCCCGCGCCGCCUGCCUCUGGGCGGCGGGGCGCGCGCGGCGUGUGGGGCUGGCACGCGCGCUGUUGUUAUUGGUGCCGGCGGCGGCGGCGGGCGGGGGAGGAGCGGCGGGCGCCUCAGUCAGGGAGUUCUUUAAAGAUGGCCGGAGCGGCGGCGGCCGCCGCCACCCCCGUGUACUGCGUGUGUCGGGAGCCCUACGACGUGAGUCGCUUCAUGAUCGAGUGCGACAUCUGCAAGGACUGGUUCCACGGCAGCUGUGUUGGGGUAGAGGAGCAUCAUGCUGUUGACAUUGAUCUGUACCAUUGUCCCAACUGCGCAGUUCUUCAUGGACCUUCUCUGAUGAAAAAGAGAAGGAACUGGCACAGACAUGACUACACUGAGUUGGAUGAUGGCUCCAAACCGGUGCAGGCUGGAACACGGACCUUUGUUAAACAGCUGCGGGCUCGCUCUUUCCCAAGUGCUGAUGAAGUCAUUCUGAAAAUGCAUGGAAGCCAACUGACACAAAGAUACUUGGAGAAACAUGGGUUUGAUGUACCUAUUAUGGUUCCUAAAUUAGAUGGCCUGGGGCUCAGACUUCCUCCACCAACUUUCUCUGUUUUAGAUGUGGAACGCUAUGUAGGUGGUGACAAAGUGAUAGAUGUAAUAGAUGUAGCAAGACAAGCAGACAGUAAAAUGAAGCUCCAUAAUUAUAUAAAAUAUUUCACAAAUCCUGACCGACCAAAAGUGUUGAACGUGAUCAGCCUGGAAUUCUCGGACACAAAGAUGUCUGAGUUAGUGGAAGUACCAGAUAUUGCCAGAAAGCUUUCCUGGGUGGAAAAUUAUUGGCCAGAUGAUUCUGUCUUCCCUAAGCCUUUUGUUCAGAAGUAUUGCUUGAUGGGUGUCCAGGACAGCUAUACUGAUUUUCAUAUCGAUUUUGGAGGAACUUCAGUUUGGUACCACGUUCUCUGGGGUGAAAAGAUAUUCUAUUUGAUCAAGCCCACUGAUGAAAAUUUGGCUCUGUAUGAGUCUUGGAGCUCAUCUGUCACCCAAAGUGAAGUAUAUUUUGGAGACAAAGUUGACAAAUGUUACAAAUGUGUUGUAAAGCAAGGACACACUUUAUUUGUUCCAACAGGCUGGAUUCACGCUGUGCUCACAUCUCAGGAUUGUAUGGCUUUUGGAGGAAACUUUUUACACAACCUCAAUAUUGGCAUGCAGCUCAGGUGUUAUGAAAUGGAGAAGAGGCUAAAAACCCCAGAUCUUUUCAAAUUUCCUUUCUUUGAAGCCAUCUGUUGGUUUGUGGCCAAAAACUUACUGGAAACAUUAAAAGAACUGAGAGAAGAUGGUUUUCAGCCUCCAAGCUAUUUAGUGCAAGGAGUGAAGGCUUUACUUACUGCUUUAAAACUAUGGAUGAAAAAAGAGCUUGUAACAGAACAUGCCUUUGAAAUUCCAGACAACAUUAGGCCUGGACAUCUCAUAAAAGAGCUCUCAAAAGUGAUUCGUUCCGUAGAGGAGGAAAACAACAAACCAGUGAAAACUCAGGGAAUUCUUGGUGUGUGUUCAGCUUCACGGUCUUCACAUGAAACAGCUUCUCCUCACCACUCGAGACGAAGGGUGAGGAAACUGCGAGACCAUGCUACCAAAACUCCUUCUAAUCUGGAUAUCUUAGAACUCCACACGAGAGAGGUACUGAAAAGGCUGGAGAUGUCACCGUGGGAGGAGGACAUAUCAAGCUCAAAACUGAAUGGGAGAUUUAACAAGCCCUUUCAACCGUCUUCUACAGUACCUGACUGGCGAACAAAGGACAAUGAUCUUCGCCUUGUGCUGUCAAAUGGAAGAAUCAUUAGAGAUGAUAGACGUCCGUUUACGGAUCGCAGUCUUUAUACGGCAGAUAGUGAAGAUGAAGAUGACAGGACAAGGUCGAAAAAGGUGACUGUUAAGAGACAAGAUCAGACCUCAGGAUUUGAAGGAGAAGGGAAUGCAGAUGCCCAAAAACCACUGAACAUGUUCUUUGAAAGUGUGAAAUCAGAACUCAGGAAAGGAUCCUCAGUGUACUCUGAUAUUUCUGAUUCAGAAGAAUCUGAGCCUGAUUGCACUACACAGAAGGAUUCCUCCACAGAGGAGUCGGAAAGCUCAGGUGAUGAAGAGAAACAGGAAGUAACAUCAAAUUUCAAGGAGGAAUCUAAGGUCAUGAGAGACCUUUGUCAAACUACCCAGAAGCCAUCCAGAAAUGAAACUCCCAGUAAAAAGGAAUGUCCUACCUCGACAAGUACAGAAGAAGAAGCUAUUCAGGGCAUGCUUUCUAUGGCAGGAUUGCACUAUACCACAUGUUUACCAGAUCAUACUCAAAGCACAGACUGCACAGAUAAAAGAACCUCUCUUCAGGAACAAAGAAGCUAUCCUAGAAGUAGGCAUAAAGACAGACAGCCUUCUCAGAGCCACAAAACAAUAGAAUGUGGUAGGUCUGUGAAGGAAGAGGAAAGACACUUGGGGGCUUCAGCGUGGACUAGACACCUAAAUGAAGCUUCAAGAAUUACCCCUCAGGAUACGAAUAAAACACAAAAAUAUAUCAAGAAAGAGGGUGCAUCAGAGGCUAAUCAUAAGGUUCAGGAAAACAGGAGUAUAGUCCACAGCAGUGGCUUGAGUUUUCAGCAUGGCAAGUGUAUGCGAGACUCCAGCCUAAUUCAAGGAGAAUGCCGGCUGAGCGAUGGCAGCCUCAGCCCUGACAGGCCGUAUGGUGAAACAUCUUUGUCUGUUCCACUUCAUCCAACGAAGAGGCCAGCAUCAAAUCCACCCCCUAUCAGCAACCAGGCGACAAAAGGCAAACGUCCAAAGAAAGGAAUGGCAACCGCUAAACAGCGCCUUGGGAAGAUCUUGAAGCUGAACCGCAAUGGCCACGCACGCUUCUUUGUUUAAUGUAGCUGCUACUUCUACUACUGCUGUCUUUCCUAUACAGACCAGUAUUGAGGUCGACAGAGCCUGGAGCUGCUGUUUUUCCUCUGCUUGAAGCAGACUUGCAUGUACCAUAUAAAACACUGCCUGAUGAACAAAAACAACAACAACAAAAAAAAACCAAUCCACAACCCAAUGCUGCAUUUUCACUGUGCCACACCUGCUCAGCAAUAACCAUUUGGGAAUGGGGAAAUCUUCGGAGAGACAUGGACUGUGAGAAUUAGUCUCUCAUUCAGGGCUUGAAUAUCAUUUGUUGCUGGUAGUUUCUGACCUAAUCCAUGAGGGGAAGAUGAUGAAGGUGGUUUAUCAAUAAUUUAUUUCUGAUAGAUUUUGACGACUUUAAAAUUCAUUUUAAAAACUAUUUAUUUGGAAGACUUCUUUUUUUUUUUUUUUUGGUGGGAGUUAUUAAUUUAGAUUUAAGAAUGUGAAAGCUUUUAAUUGUAUUGAUUAUGUAUGUUUGGUGCAGUGGAGAGCCACAUUAAUGGUAAUUAUUCUGGACUCUUAAAUUUGUUAUUCAGGUUAUAGUCUUAAGUAGGAAUGAGAUGCAUUAUUAAUUAUUUUUAAAUUAAGGCUUAUGGAAUCUUAUUUUUUUUCUGCUCUUGAUAAGCUAUUGUCUGGGCUUCUGUUGACUUGCAAGGUGCAUAUUUUCUGCCAGCUUGAUUAUUUUUUGAUCUCUCUUUUUUUAUACAGAUUUAUUUAUUUGAUGGAGUAGAAUAGGCUCUCUAAGACACAAGAUUCUUCUUAUGUCAGUCCAGUAGCUAACUUGUUUUAAGCUGCACCCCUUUCCUCCAAGUCGGAGUGCAUCUUUUUCUUCCUGAUGUGUUGUUUGGAUCUGUCUGUGAUGAUUUUCUUCUGCAAAAGCUCCCUGAAAGUUGUGUUUGCAUAGGUGAUUUAGAAUCUGGUACAAGGGAGGAAAACAUCGUACAUCUUCUUGGAGGAAGUGGGAGCUCAGUUAAGAUACAUGUUUCUUCACAGUUACUCAGAAAUAACUCAUAAGACACAUUGCAAUCUUAAGAUUGGACAUAGUGCUUAAUGUAGCAUGAAAGAAGCAUUAACUAUUGUCUUUUAAGCAGCUUAGUGAAGAAUCGGGAAGGUAGAAGAAUCUGUGUUACCUUUAAAGCUGGACAACCAAUUGGAAGUCUUAACUGGUGCACGUACAUGGGUUAAGUAGCUUACUGGUAUCAGAACGGCCAUUUCUGUCAGGCUACAUACAGAGCCGAUGGUAAAUGCUGAUUCUGAAUUACUGUAAAUAAUUUUGAUUUAGAAUUUGUAUUUUUUCUGUAAUAUAAAAUUAAAUAUUUAACUUUCGGGGUAUUGGGAUGAAGGCUUAAAGGGGAAUACUUGAUUCUGGAAAAAGGGCAUUUUGCAGGGUCCAGCCAAAUGUUAGUGACAACAGUAUUGUGGAUUUUUUUGUUUUAUUUUGUUUGUGUGUUUUUGAGUGAUUUCUAAGCGUAAAAUACUCAAGCAUAGCUAUCCAAUUUGUUGAUGUAACUUUCCAUAACCAGUUUUUCCUUCCUCCAUAUUCUAUACUGAAAUAGUUUUCUUAUAUUGUAAUUUAAAAGCAGGCUGACUUGGACUUUUCAGAGUAUUUGUGCAGGGUUAUUUUUCCUCUAGACUAGAUAAUUAGUAUCUUCUCAAAGUUAUGGAAAUGGUUCUGAUGUCAGGUGUUUUUGAUUGUUGCAGGGUCAAAACUAUUCAGCACUAUGUUCUCCUGUUUCUGACUUGAGAAACAUCAAAACAUAAUGCAAUUACAAAUAAAUCAGGUAGCUUUCAUGGCCUGACUUCCUUGAAAAUUUGAAAGUGACAACUUAAGCGUGUUUUGCAGCCCUGCUUUUACAUUAUAUUGAUUUGACUUCGGAGCUGUGUGUGUAUACAUGUGUGAGUGUGUGUAUGAAUGAAUUUUUUAAAAGCUUUCUUUUUUUGUUUGUUUGCUACUUACAGUUCCACUAAAAAUAGGUCUCUCUCUCACACCCACCUCCAGAAAGAGAAAACCACUGGCUGCAUUCAGGCUGUCCCAGGUUUUUUGUUUGUUUGUUUUGUUUAAAUAAAUAAUUAUUUUUUUAUUUAAUGCAAGCUAUCAACCUUGUUUAGUAAACUGUUGGGAAUGGAGGUAACAGAAGAUUGCUAAAAAAGCAGAAGCUAUGCCAAGAGGUACUCUACGGUGCUGAAAGUGACAAUAAUUACUUGCUGUUCUCAGGUGCUAUGUUUUCCAGAUUGAAAUAGUCAAAAGAGAGUAUUUUAACUAUCCUCUAAUAUGUUCUUACCAAAGUAGUAAGUGAAAGAAAUAAAAAUAUGUUGUCAAUAUUAGUUAAAAUUGUAUACCCAUGUAAGUAUUCCUUGUGCUUGAGCAAAUGGAUUAAUGGCUGCCAAGCUUUGAAAUCUGUUUUAACUUUAGUGUAUUGAACCAUACUGCUUCCUUCUAGCUAGCUGUAUAGUUUUUAAGAAUAGAAAAUUCCAGUUUAGGGCAGCAAGCAGAUUCAGAACAGAAAGAAGAGUGAGCCAUCUCUCCAUGAAAGCAGAUUUCUGAGAGCACUAAUUGGAAAUACAAGUGUGCCAGAAUAGAAUCUGGAGUAAGGAAUUUUGAAAUACGGAAUACACAUCCUUGUAUACGUGACUGGUUUAUACAGAGUCUGUUUUCUGACCGCCCGCAUUAUUUAUCUUGCAUCUUACUAUUAGAACACAGAUAUGGCUGGACCCAUAUAUAUUAUUUCUUCUUCUUUUUGUUCUUUCUUUAUUCUACUUUCUACCUUUUUUUUUUCUUCCCAAAGUGGCUCUUCGCUGUUGUUGCUGUUGUGAGUUUAUGUAAUAGUCUCUUCACAGGCUGUCAACAGGCAGAGGUUCAUUCCCAUUUUCUUCAGAUAUCCGUGCUUCCAGCAGAAAUUAACUCUGAUAUUCCACCUCAGAAGAAGUAUUUUAAAAUUAAUUGCCAUGAUGAGCCAUGUUUAAAACAAAACAAAAUCUCCUGGUAGCUUAUGAAGAGGAUGUGGUGGCCUCACUUGCUUUGUGUACGUGUUUGUAGGGAUAUUUUUGUGGUGGUGUAGGUGAAAACACUACUGCACCAAUCUUUUCAUAGAUGGACUGAGCUUUGUGUUGUAGUAGCGGAGAGAAAAAGCCCUGUUGUUUGUUUUUUUCCUUGCUAUCUCAGUCAAGAUGGAGAAGAUAAGGAGAGUGGGUAGCACUGACUGAACCAUUCAGAGAAUUAAGCCUGGCGUGAUAACUUGUUCUGAAGGAGAACCUUAUUUAAAAGUCAAAAAAGGAUUUGGAGUUGACAUAAAACUUAAUUUUCUUUUUAUAGGCAGACAGAACAAUAGGAAAAGAAAUAUUGCAGGGGUUUUCCCAUUCUCUCAAGUUCUCACGUUCCUACAACUAGGAGAAAACAAAACCACGAAAAGAGAACCAAAACCAAAAGAUGAAAAUGGAAAGACCACCCAGAAACUGUUAUCAAUGACCCUUCCAGCAACUUUCCCUUUUCUCCUCCUGCUAGACUUGUUAAUAAACCCUGGCUACAAGGUAGCCUUUAAUGACCUCUGAGGUAGAUUACCUAUGCAACCUAUAAUACUCUUCAUGAAUCCAUUCUUAAAUACAAUUUUGAAAGGGUUAGAUGUUGAGAGUUAACACUGUUGCUUUCUGAUCAUGUGGGGGAUUUUGAGGGGGCUGGGUAUUAUUAUUUGGUGGUUGAAGUGCUUGUGUUACCUUUAGUGGUGAUGUAAGAGUACAGAGUCAUCAUGACCGUUUAGAAGCUUCAGCUUUACCUGGGCUUUACUAUAUGCCAUAAGCUACCUUCAUGCUCAAAGCCAUAAAGUUGAAAGUGUUGAAAAUUUUGCAGGGCUUCAAAGUCGCAGCUGGCACAAAUCUUGCUGAUUGCUUUCUGGCAGCUGUGGAGACUAAGCAGAGCUGAAGCUGGAAUGACCUGGUACUACAACCCUACAACUGCUGCCCUAUUUGGGCUUCACAUGCCCAGUUCUCCUUCCACACCCCCUCACAACCCCCAAAUCUAGCAUCUUUUCAGAACUUCAUGCUCGUAAUACUUCCAGACCAUUAAAAGCUGUUCGUACCUAUGGGAUUGAGUGAGCCCAGAGCUACUCUGUUUCACAGAUGAAAUAUAAAUGGAACCCAGGGCCUUACUAUUUGUGAUUAAAUGAAAAUAAAAGCUGCAACAUCCAUGUUUCCAAAAAACAACCCCAAACAAAAACCACCCUAGUAACACUCUGUGGGAGCAUGAGAGUGAUGGAUCACGCAGUGGAUGGGAAAUACAAGUAGCACUGAUAAGGAGAUGCACCUUCCUCAUAGGAUGCAUUUCCGUUUGGAUAAAAGACUUUUUGUACUUUUAAUAUAAACUAAGCCAUAUGCGUUUCAUGCUGUGGGAAGGGAAUGAAAGGGAUCACUUUAAGAGAUUAUAUUGAUAUGUAUCGUCACUUCUGCUGGGAAAUGUCUAUUGCUGCCAAUGCUUUGGUGAAUCUUUUUUUAAGAAACAUGAAAUUUGAGGGGAAAAAAAGGGGGGGAGGGGAGGGAGGGGGCUAGUUCUUGGCUAUAUUUACUAGUUUUGUAGUAAUGUUUUGCUGGCCCGGUUGUCUCUUCCUCUCCUUUUUGUACUCUGAUAGUCUAAUUUCUGUCUUUCCUUCUGCUGUCUCUGAAAAUAUUAGCUUGUCUGCUCAGUAGGGGUCGGUGUAUGUGUGUCUUCCUUUUUACACAAACGCACUACUGUGUUAAGUAUUUGGCUGGGAAAGGGUGAUGCUGCAGCUUUAAGAGCAUUUUUUCAAUUCAUAACAGUAUUUCCCAUCCUCUUUUGCCUGCAGGCAGGGAAAGUGUAUGUACAGUAUUUAUUUUGUUUCGAUUUUACGUUAAAUUUGUAAGUUUCUAUGAGUAGUUCACAUUGAUUCUUCUAGGGGAGGAUAAGUGGCUUUGUUUAAAUUUGUAUUUGAUAUUCAUAGUUUCCACUUUCUGUACUUUAAAAUACUGAAAUUAAAAACUUGUAUUGCUUAUGUUUUGAUUUUAGCACUCUAAAGCGUUUAAUUUCUUCAGACUUGUGCUCAUUUGCUUCAGUGUAAAUACAGAAAACAAAACAGAAAAUGCUUUUCUAGGUCCAGUCUCUGUGCCCUUUACUCAUUGCAUUUUUAAGGAGAUAUUUUCUGCAGAAAUUUGAGAUGGAAUAUCCUCAUACUGUUCUCUUAUUUUUCAAAGUGCAAAUCUCAUUUCAGUCAAAGUGUGUUAAAUGGCAACCAAAUGCAUUGUGUGAAGAUGUGUGUAUUCUUCUUGGAUCUUAAUAUAAAAGGGAGGUGGAAGUGUUCUGUGAUCUGUCCUAUUAGCAAAUCUAGAGGCAUAGAUGUGAACUGUAAGCAGGAUGUAAAAAGAAAUGCUAUUUUCCUGGUCUCCUUGCUCAUGUUUUUUGUUAAGUUUUGCCUCGUGCUACUGAUGAUUGGUUCCUGAAUUUCUUUUUCCUUUUAGUGGUAUGGUGUAUCUGGAAGAAGAGAUUUCUCUUUGUUUGUCAUACUUUUAUCCUGGAUUGCUUCUCUGCUGACUUCUCCCUCCACAUUAUUAUGUGUUUGUGCUCCUUGUUUUUCCUGCAUAUGGCAGUACAGUGUUGGCAUGUGGGUACUACUCUCCCUGGAGGUUAUGGAAGCAUCACUGUGUUGCACUCAAUGUAACGCAUUUUCUUCCCCUUCUCGCAGUGCUCUGUGCUACUGAACAACUAGAACCUUGUGCCUGGACAGAUGCCCAGACUCCAGUGAUGGUCAUCUUAUGAGACCCUUAGACAAAUGGUGCAGCUUGGAAUGGGCUUGGAAAGAUCAGAUGGUAAAAGGUGUUUAGUUGUUGGCAUCCUCUGCAGCUACACAAGUUUAUUUCUUGAGUUGGGCUUCUUAGUUUACAGAGGAUUUACGGUUGGCUGUGAUGACUGGGAGGUCUCUUCACAGACCACAUGCAAGGCAGGCAAAGAGCAAGAACGCUGUUCUCAUCAAACCAUGUCCUGCUCAAGUGUAAGACUGAAAGAGUUUUAAUAAAUAACACACAGCUGUGUUCUGUAGCCUAACAUGUAAAGCAUGGUAGUCAUGUAAGUGUUGGGGGUAGAAACUUCUAUGCUGUUUCAAAACCAGGUUUUAUUUGCACUGAGUAAGAAAUCACAAGGAAAAAUUAUGGUUUAAGUAGAGGGUGAAAAUGAAGUAUAUGUCCAGAAAAUAGUUUCUUUCCUGUUGGCAUUUCUUUUGCUUUUUUUUUUUUAAUGUGUUAAAAUUCAUUAGCAGUUUGGUUAGCCAGAGAUUUGCCGAAGAUCAGAAAGAGCUGUUGCUCUGUCAGAGCAGCAACAUAUUUUUUAAAGAAGCAAUGACUGGUUGGCCAAGCACAGUGCUGCAACCCAGGCACUUCCAUCAGGCACUCAUCUGGACUUGUCACACACAGCUCACUGCUCAUAUCCAUGUUUUAGUCAUGCAGUGGUAGGCUUGAGAGGACAUUAGUGGAACACAAAAAUUCAUAUGUGUGUAAAAAAUAAGCAUGUUUACUGUUUGUCCUUAUGUUCUUGCCAGCUGCUCGAGUGCUUUUUCCUUUGACUUCUGUAUCGUGAUCAUAGAUAGGAUAAUACAAUGGAGAACACUGAAAUACCUCAAAAGUGCUGCUUUAAGUGAUGCUUUGGCACCUGGAAAUGGAUUUCCAUUAUAAGUUAGGGUUACUGGUUUUCUGUUUCCUGUUUGGGGAGGAUAGAGAAAUACUUAAUGUGGAUUGUUCUUCCCUAAUGGACAGGUGAAUUUAAAAGCUUCAAGGCUACUAAAUGUAGCAAAAGAAUUGCAGGUUAAGGAAUGGACAAGGUACCAUUUCUUUGGUAUCUGAAAACUGAAGAUUGGUGGUGUGUGUGUGAACAAUAUACUGCUGAAUUUGAGGUAGAAUUGUGGUGAUGUAGUACCUCCUCCCCCUGUAAGGUGCCUACCAGGUUAGUUUUGGGUGCACUUUGUGGAGGUCAAUUCUUUCCCUGGAGGGCUUUACAUCCCCUGUUCAACUUAUGAAGCUAUUGUGUUAGCCAAUUAGAGAACACAACCAGUCCUCCUCCUUGUUUAUUUUCCACUUUAAUGUUAGGUUGUUAAUGGAAAUGUGGGUAGUCGAACGGAUAUGGUGAAGUCAGUCAUGCUGAGUGCUUUAUUCCUUUGUGUGGGCAUGUUUCUUCUGGGUGCCCAUAACAUGCUUUUACUGCUGGUCAGUAGCAUCAACUGUCUCAAGCCAAAAGUAAGACUGAAACUGUAAAAACAGAAUGUUAUUACUCAUUCUGAUAUGACCCCGAGUUUCAAAUGCCUUUGUUUCUACAGCAGCCAGUGACUGAAAUGCUCACCUGCAGAAGAAGUACCUGGUGAUCAAGAUGGUGAAUAGUUUCUCUUUACCAGAGCUUGUAGGAUUCCACCUAAUAGAGUCUGAGACUGAGGUCUGUUGUCUCUGAAGCCAGUUAUAUUCACUCUUUAGAAUAAGUGCUACCAACACCUAAAUUGUUUGGCUUAAUAGGUCUACUUAUCUGUGCUGAUACUGCUGUAUUUACUUUGGUCUUGGAAAAAUAUUAUUUGGAACGUGUGAGUCAACUAAAAGAACAGUAUGCAAAGAGUCUGCUUCUUUGUGGUGCUUUGCUUGAAAGUUUCAUCAUAAGGAAUGUUUCAUUUGCUGCAGUGAGUAAAUAAUAAUGUUACUAUUAUACAAUUAAUAUAGUAAUAUAUUAAUAUAAUAUAUAUUAUAUAUAAUUAAUAUAUUAUAAAUAAUGAUAAUGUUCUGCUUAUCAGGAAGAAACAUUUGCUCUUGAACCAUACACUUUGGUGGUAAGUGGUAAAGAUCUAAGUCAGCUUUCUGUUCUGGAAGAUGUAAAAGCCAACCAAACUGUAUGAACUGCUGCUGAGUCUGCUGAGAUAGGACCCAUGCUGUGGAAACGUGGUUUGAUGAGAUUGCCUUUUCAUACUAGUGUUUAUUCGAAAAUGAUGGUGGGUCACAUGCUUUGUUCUCAGGUUGCUGAUUUGUGUUAGGGAGUUCCUGCAGUUCUGCGGAGGAUCUUUGAGUAUAUAAUGUUACAGCGAGGCUCGUCUUGUAAGGGAUGUCUUGUGCUCAACUUGCACGUGUAGAAUUGUUUCACAUUCUGCCAUGUGGCAGGCACUGGACAAGCCCUUUCUGUAGGGUUAAUGUGCUUCUCCCCAGGAGGCAGCUGACUGCCUGUGGGAUCAUACAGCUCCUAUGUCUACUGAGGAAGGAGGGCAUUCAAAGUGAAUUCCUCUCAAAGAGUUGAAUUUGUACAGAAAGCAGAAAGACUUCAUGUUGAUAUCACACAGGUCCCAUGUGAGUGAAGUUCGUAGGGGGAAGUGAUCCUGUAUCCAUCUCACUGAUGUCUUGGGAGGAUGUGAAAUACAUGUAGAGCAGUGCAUGUAGAACUCCUCCUCUCCACACAGAUGUUCCUGUGCUCAUGUCCUUGCCCCAGGGCUGCUGCUCUGAACCGGUAACUUACAGGCUGCAUUCAGCAGAGUUGCCCUCGAUAGCUUUUUUCUUUUAAGCUGUGUUUUAUAUGGCACUUAAUGUAGUAGAAAGGGGGAAAAUGACGUGUUCUUUGUUUCUGUCCCAUUUUCUCUUGGCUCUGGUUCCACAGGUUUUUAUACAAUAGAGAAAACUGGUUACCAAACUCCAACCAUGCUAGUGUUUAAACCAUCACUAUGAGGGAAGGAUUGUCCUCACAGCUCCGUUCGUUAUCACAUUUAAUUGAGAGCAGAAUAGCUCUGUCAGUAGUCUUUAAAUUCUUUAUCAUUACCGGUUGGUUGGGACAAGCAGAGAUUUCUCAAAUAAUAAACAUAUAUACUUUUGCACUCAUGCCAUCUCACACUGUGUUUUCCAGUUCAAUUUUUAAUUUUACAGCUUUAAGAAAAACAUGAAUCUCAUUCUGUGCCAAACUGCUGUGACUCCUUGAAAGGAUAAGGAGGUGUCAAAGGAGCUCUGUGAUGACUUAGACCAAAAUAUGCUUUGUGGUACAAAACAGAAAAGAAACCAUAUCAGUAAAAGAAGGUAGUUUUUUGCCUGACUUAGAACAAUGCUAGAUGAUUAUCAUGGUAUUCAUUAAGCAAACAUUCUUGUGGCACUUCAUUUGUGUGGAGGAGUUGCACCAAAGUGGGGUUGGACAAGGUGAUCUGUGGAGGUCCCUUCCAACCCCUGUGAUUCUGUGAAUGAACUUAAUACCCAAAAUAUCUCAUCAGGCUGUCAGGUGAUAGAAAAGGCUGCAAGUAAUAAGACACAAGUAGGGUUGACUUGCUGCUAGAAGCACUAAGGUUUUAUUUGUCUAGGGAAGAGUCUGCUUAGAUUUGCACAAUUGGCUUCAGUCUCACCUCUGAUUUCUUACCUGCAUGCACUGAUUUGAUGGGGUCUGAAUUAACGCUGAUGUGUGAUGCGUCCUUAAAGAUGUUACAGUGAGAAUGUUCUUUGGGUGGUGCUGCAGGUCGCUCCUUUUACAGCCCUUCUGAAGACUUCUG